AUGGCCAACUGGACCUGGGUUCCAUCAGAAUGGGACGAGAGGGAAGCGUUUCGAGAGCUCAAGCAGAUGGCCGAGGGGUUCAUUGAGAUGAACGGCGACGAGACUGUCAAAUUUGGUGGUUUGACGACACCACCCUCAAUGAAGCUCAGCCGCAUCGAAGACCUCUUGCAGCUGAGAGAAACAGCCGAGAAAGCGUCACGGAUUCAUCAGAAUAAGGGCAUGAGAUGCUUUGCUUGUCAGGGAAUCGGGCACCGAGUGAGGGACUGUCCGAACAAGCGUGAUGAUUAUGACGAUGCCAGCGGUGGCGCCGCUGAAGGAGGCAAAGACCGGGAUUGGAAGGGCCAGAAACCGGUGGAACAACAAGGCCGACCCACUGAAGACCAUGAGGACUCAUUAAGCGAUAUCUCUGAGGGGUAA